AUAUUUCCAAUUACCACAAGGAAACUUAGAACUUCCAAUCCGUUGAUAAACCCUACAUUCUGCUUUGAUUUGAUCACGCAAUGCAAGAGACGUUGUUUACACCACAGCACAAACGUAGCAAUUAUUUGGUUGGUAACGCUACAAAUACAGCCAAGAAAGAAAAGGCUACAAAUACACAGAUGCUGGUGCACAAAUCGUUUCAUAAGAAACGAAAUAUGGUUAUAAAAGCAAGUAGUCCCUUCCUACUCCCUGCUAAACCACCUAAAACCUACAGCAGCAUGCUAGCAUACAAAGCAUGAGAUCAAUGUUAAGGAACUUGAAUAUCAUUCCAACCCGAACAAUAAUCAACAUUAAUGGUUGCAUUUUCCCCACCACUACCAUAAGCAACCAUCACAAGCAGAAUGCACACUUAAAUAUGCUACAUUUUUUUGUUUCAAUUGGUGAAUUCUUAAUGUCCAGAGUCCUUUUGUGGCUAAAAUACCGUGAAGAACAAUCACUCAUUCACCAUAUAAACUUUCUUGCAAGGACUAUAUUCUAUGCAUGCAAGCUUCAGUCCCACAGCACAAUACAAUACCUGGUUCACAAAUCCACUAAUCAAAUAUGUACUUCUCAAUAGAAUUGCUCACUUGUUGUUCAACACGGUAGUUAGCACGGGUUGACUCUUUCCAAAGAUAAACAGUUCCCCUAAAGGUAUUGCUCUGUAUAUUUCCUGGGAAAAUCUAUAAUCUACCUAUCACCAAUCUACCCCGUAACUUUGGCAAUUUCCCAACCAAUGAGAAUCUAGAACUCAGCUUUUCUAUGUCCAAACUCUCUUAGUUUAUAAAAAUAAAUUACAGCUUCCCAGAGUGAAAAAACUUCCAAAGAACCAAGAAAAUCCAACUCAAGAUACUGGGACCUGAGGCUGACCACUCAUGCCAAGCAUGCAAACCAAAGAAUUGGUCAUAAGAACUGAAUAUUAAGUGUUUUUCUUAGUUUAAAUAUCUGCUCAUUGAAACACAACAGAAACCAAAAAUGAAAAAGACAUGUCUUAACAAUGCCAUGUAUUCUUCCUAAGUUUUAGCACUUCACAGCAUCUUAUUCUGAUAUUUGCCAACUCAAGGGAAAAUAUGGCAAUCAUAUUUCUACAGCAUAAAUGCUUCACAACCAA